UUUCUUUUAGUGGUCUAUAAACUUCAUGAAGUUCCUCCAUUUCUGUAUACUAUUGCUCUAGGACUACAACAUUACUUAACGAUGUUUGGGAGCACUGUUUCUUUACCAUUUGUCCUCGCCGCACCGCUUUGCAUCGGUAAUAAUAAUCCAUUAGCCAUAAGUCAGUUGAUUUCCACCAUUUUUUUCAUGUCUGGCCUUGCUACGUUAUUGCAAUCAACAUUUGGCGUCAGGCUACCAAUCGUACAGGGAGGAUCCUUUGCCUUUAUAGCUCCAACUAUUGCUAUUAUGUCACUGGAUAAAUGGAAAAGCACUUGCAGACCAAAUAUUUUACCCUGGGCAAAUCUUACAAUGGAUGAGCAAGUAAAUCAAACAGAAAUGUGGCAAGUUCGGAUGCGAGAGAUCCAAGGAGCUAUCAUGCUAUCAUCCCUAUUUCAAAUAUUCAUUGGUUUUUCUGGUAUAAUUGGACUUUGCCUACGAUUUAUUGGACCAAUUACCAUCGCUCCGACGAUUACUUUAAUUGGGUUAUCGAUAAUUAGUGCGGCUACAUUUUAUUCAUCUUCCCACUGGGGCAUAGCGAUAUUGACGGUAUUCUUUAUCGCCCUUUUCUCACAAGUUCUGGAGAGAUUUCCUGUUCCAAUGCCCGCUUUUCAGAGAGGGAAAGGCUGUUAUGUUACUAGAGUGCACAUAUUCAGGCUCUUCCCGGUAUUGAUUGCUGUCAUAACAUCAUGGGUAUUAUCGGCUAUCCUUACAUCUGCUGGUGCUUUCACCUCAAAUCGAGCUAAUCCAACCUAUUUUGCCAGAACUGAUGCUAGAAUCUCUGUAUUACAAACAUCACCUUGGUUUCGAUUUCCAUAUCCUUUUCAAUGGGGUACACCUACAGUCUCUGUUGCUAGUGUAUUUGGUAUGCUGGCGGGAGUAUUAGCAUCUAUGAUCGAAUCGAUUGGCGAUUAUUAUGCUUGUGCUAGACUUGCUGGUGCCAAACCUCCACCGAGACAUGCUAUUAAUCGUGGUAUUGGUAUGGAAGGAAUAGGAUGUGUGUUAGCUGGUAUGAUUGGCUCUGGUAACGGAACCACCUCCUAUAGCCAAAAUGUAGGAGCCAUUGGUAUAACUAGGGUUGGCAGCCGUGCUGUAGUCCAGUGUGGAGCUGUUAUAAUGAUCAUCUUAGCCAUUAUAAGCAAAUUUGGAGCCAUUUUUGCAUCAGUACCUAAUCCUAUCGUUGGGGGAGUAUUCCUUGUUAUGUUUGGACUAGUAACAUCAGUUGGCCUAUCCAAUCUUCAGUUCUGUAAUAUGAAUUCGCCAAGAAACAUCUUUGUUGUUGGUAUAUCGAUUAUUUUUGGUAUGGCUUUCCCUACUUGGCUAAGAACGGGCACUAACUCAUCUGUAAUUAAAACUAACGUAACAGAACUGGAUCAAAUUAUUAUCGUUUUACUCAGUACUAACAUUGCUGUUGGAGGAUUUGUUGCUUUAAUCCUUGACAAUAUUCUUCCUGGUACUUUGGAAGAACGUGGUAUGCAUAUAUGGUCUCGAGAAACAGCGAAUGCAUCGAAUGUAAUGAGUUAUGAAUACGCAAAAGAUAUAAAAAGAUCAUAUGAUCUUCCAUUUGGAAUGUCUACUUUCUUCCAGAAAUUUGCAUGCACAAAUUAUCUGCCAUUCUGUCCACCACGUUAUGAUGAUCUGAUAGAAGAAUCAGAGCAACACAUAGAUCUGGAAUCUAGGAAAGAAUACAUUAGUACUGUAGUAUAA